UGAAAGUUUCAUCCAAUCCACAUUUUUAGACAUUAACCAAUUUCCAUUUUAAAUUUUGAACAAAAAUUGUAAUUAAAAUGUCAUCAACAACUAAAAAAGGAGGAGAUUUUCAACCGGAUUCAGAUGUCCACAUUACUUUUGAAGAUCAACAAAAAAUUAAUAAAUUCGCUAGACAUAAUGCUAAAAUGGAAGAUUAUAAAAAUGAGUUAAAAACUAAAGAGAAUGAAUUAAAAAGUCUUGAAGAAGCUAUUGAAGAAACCAGUUUGUUGGACGAAUUAGAAGACAAAAUACCUUAUUUAGUUGGUGAAGUAUUUAUCUAUCAAAAUGUGGAAACAACUCAAAAAUGUUUAGAAGAAGCAAAAGCUGCUAAAGAAAGUGAAAUUCAAGCAUUAAAACAAAAAUGUACAGACUUAAAGAAUUUAAUGAGUGAGUUAAAAGCUCAAUUGUAUGGAAAAUUUGGAAAUCAUAUUAAUUUAGAAGCAGAAGAUGAAUAAAUUUUCAUCAUGUUAUAUAAAAAACUUAUUUAUUAAUUCA